CGACCACCGCCUCCACCGCCCACUACCUCCGCGCUUCGCUCUUGGCCCAAUCGGGCCACCGUCGUCCUCGGAACGCUCGCUCGUGACCCGGAAGCGCAUUCUCCCUAGCAACUGCGGGUCUGCGGCGGCGCCGGCCUCCGGGGAGCGACGCUCGUGACAACUGAGCUGCUCAAGGCAGGAAGAACUCUGAGCUGAAGUAGUGGGUCCCUGAAUCUGGAGAGAAGAGGCUACCUUGGAACCAGUGAUGAACCAUCCUGACUACCAGCUGAACCUUCGGUCUCCAGGGACCCCCAGAGGUGUGUCCUCUGUGGUUGGCCCGAAUGCUGUUGGUGCUUCGCCAGGUGACAAAAAGUCAAAGAACAAGUCCAUGCGAGGGAAGAAAAAGAGCAUAUUUGAAACCUACAUGUCCAAGGAGGAUGUUUCAGAAGGCUUGAAGAGAGGAACGCUUAUCCAGGGUGUAUUGAGAAUCAAUCCAAAGAAGUUUCAUGAAGCCUUCAUUCCUUCUCCGGAUGGUGAUCGGGAUAUUUUUAUUGAUGGAGUUGUUGCUCGUAAUAGAGCCUUAAAUGGGGACCUUGUGGUUGUAAAACUGCUUCCUGAGGACCAGUGGAAGCCAAGGAUAACCUUGUCUCUGCCUGGAGUGCUGGGAUUACAGGCAGUUAAACCAGAGAGCAAUGACAAAGAAACAGAAGCUACAUAUGAAGCUGACGUCCCUGAAGACUGCUGUGGACAUCACCCCCUGCAGCAGUCCCCGAAAGGAUGGAGUGGUCCUGAUGUCAUUAUAGAGGCUCAGUUUGAUGACAGCGACUCAGAAGAUAGACAUGGCAACACCAGUGGGCUGGUUGAUGGUGUUAAGAAGUUGUCAAUCUCUACUCCUGACAAAGGAAAAGAAGAUUCUAGUGCUCCAGUUAUGACAGAUGAGAACACCCCCACAUCCCGGGACACAAGAGGCUUGUCAGAGAAGUCACUCCAGAAGUCAGCCAAGGUAGUUUACAUCUUGGAGAAGAAGCAUUCCCGAGCAGCAACCGGCAUCCUGAAACUCUUGGCUGAUAAAAACAGCGACCUGUUUAAGAAGUAUGCCCUGUUUUCCCCUUCAGACCACCGAGUGCCUAGAAUUUAUGUACCUCUGAAGGACUGUCCCCAGGACUUCAUGACCCGACCUAAAGACUAUGCCAACACGCUGUUCAUCUGCCGCAUCAUAGACUGGAAGGAGGACUGUAAUUUUGCCCUGGGGCAACUGGCUAAGAGUCUUGGGCAGGCUGGUGAAAUUGAACCUGAAACAGAAGGGAUCCUGACAGAAUAUGGUGUGGACUUUUCUGAUUUCUCUUCAGAAGUUCUUGAAUGUCUCCCUCAAAGUCUGCCUUGGACAAUUCCACCUGAUGAGGUGGGCAAGAGAAGAGACUUAAGAAAAGAAUGUAUCUUCACCAUUGACCCAUCAACUGCUCGCGACCUUGAUGACGCCCUCUCCUGCAGGCGGCUUACUGAUGGCACCUUCGAAGUGGGCGUCCACAUUGCCGAUGUGAGUUACUUCGUUCCUGAGGGAUCCUCUUUGGAUAAGGUUGCUGCUGAGAGAGCCACAAGUGUCUACUUGGUCCAGAAGGUGGUCCCCAUGCUUCCCAGGCUUCUGUGUGAGGAACUCUGCAGCCUCAACCCCAUGACUGACAAGCUGACCUUCUCUGUGAUCUGGAAGCUGACUCCUGAAGGCAAGAUCCUUGAAGAGUGGUUUGGCCGCACUAUCAUCCGUUCUUGCACCAAAUUGAGCUAUGACCAUGCCCAGAGCAUGAUCGAAAAUCCAACUGAAAAGAUCCCUGAGGAAGCACUUCCCCCGAUUUCUGCAGAGCACAGCAUCGAGGAGGUGCACCAGGCAGUCCUGAACCUGCACAGCAUUGCAAAGCAACUCCGCCGCCAGCGCUUUGUAGAUGGUGCACUCCGCUUAGAUCAGCUGAAGCUUGCUUUUACUCUGGACCAUGAGACUGGAUUACCUCAAGGAUGUCAUAUCUAUGAGUACCGAGACAGCAACAAGCUUGUAGAGGAGUUCAUGCUCCUGGCCAACAUGGCUGUGGCCCACAAGAUCUUCCGCACCUUCCCUGAGCAGGCCCUGCUGCGCCGGCAUCCCCCACCACAGACGAAGAUGCUCAGUGACCUGGUGGAGUUCUGUGACCAGAUGGGACUGCCCAUGGAUGUCAGCUCUGCAGGGGCCCUAAAUAAAAGUCUGACUAAAACAUUUGGAGAUGACAAGUACUCUCUGGCCCGGAAGGAGGUACUCACCAACAUGUACUCCCGGCCCAUGCAGAUGGCACUGUACUUCUGCUCUGGGAUGCUGCAGGACCAGGCGCAGUUCCGGCAUUAUGCUCUCAACGUUCCCCUCUACACACACUUCACCUCUCCCAUCCGCCGCUUUGCUGACGUCAUAGUGCACCGCCUCCUGGCUGCUGCUCUGGGCUACAGUGAACAGCCAGAUGUGGAGCCUGAUACCCUACAGAAGCAAGCCGACCACUGCAAUGACCGUCGCAUGGCUUCCAAGCGUGUGCAGGAGCUCAGCAUCGGCCUUUUCUUCGCAGUUCUAGUAAAGGAGAGCGGCCCCCUGGAGUCCGAAGCCAUGGUGAUGGGUGUCCUGAACCAAGCUUUCGACGUGCUGGUGCUUCGCUUUGGGGUGCAGAAGCGCAUCUACUGCAACGCACUGGCCCUGCGAUCCUACAGCUUCCAGAAGGUGGGCAAGAAGCCAGAGCUCACUCUCAUGUGGGAGCCUGAUGACCUUGAAGAGGAGCCAACACAGCAGGUCAUCACUAUCUUCAGCCUGGUGGAUGUGGUCCUGCAGGCAGAGACCACAGCCCUCAAGUACAGUGCUAUCCUGAAGCGACCAGGCCCCGAGCAUGCCCUGGGCUUGGAGAAGGAGUCUGAUGAGGAGCCUGAGGACUGAAUGCUAGCCCAAGCCGGGCCUGUGCCUGCCCUACCCUGCUGGCUUUUAGGAAUAGGACCUUUUGACACCAAAGGGGAUUUUUAAUUUUGUUUUUAACAACUCAGGGGUUUGUUUUUAUUUUUUAUUUUUUUCAUUUAAUUUUACUUUUGCAGCUCAGUUUUUAAAUGAACUGGAAGGUUAGGGGUCAGGGCAGGGAAUGCUGAGGCCUGGCCAGUGCUUCCCUGAGCAGAGAGAAUCCCAGUCGUCCUGGGCAGGCAGCCCCGCUUCUACCAGGCGACCCACUGCCCUUCCCUGCCCAGGAAAUGGGGGGUUUCAGCAAAUCAGUGUCAUGGAAUAAAAUCAAGUGUGAAUUGCUGUCCGUGUGGAUGCCAUGGGGAAGCAUGGCAGCCGGGUGGCCCAUGCACCAAGGGCAAGGGGCUCCCUAGGAUCCACCUCACAGCUGAGCUGGGGUCAUCAGCUCAGGCCCUUCCUGCCGGCUCCAGGGUGAUUCACGAGCCAUGUGUGGCAGAUUGAUGCUGCAGCCUCCUUCUAGCUGAUUACAAAUGUAAUUAGUAUGCACAGCAGGGGGCUGCCAGUCACCCGUGCAUGCGGCUAUGGCCCUCCCUCCCCACCCUUCCUCUCUGUUGUCAGCCCAUGGGAUGUGGGGAGGUGAUACCACUACCUCUCCUUCUUGUAUACAUAGGCCAAAGCUCCCAGGAGCCCUGCUCACAGCUAUGAUAUGCGUAGGUACCUCAAUACCUGCAGUUUCAAACAUGUACCCUAAAAGGUAAAGGCAGGCCUUCCAGAGGGCAGGAGAACUUCACACCAGAUCCCACCCAACCCAGCCACUUGCACCAGUAUCCCAAGUACUGGCAAAUCCUACCCUCCUGAGCACCAGGCAGCCUCUUUCUUAGGGAACUGGGCACAACGCAUCCCCCUUUCACCAAACUGGAAAAGUAUGAAUUGGCUUCAAACGUAACUAGAAUCUAGGAUGAAAACCAAAGCAACCAAGGCUCUGUUUCCCAGUGCCGUUAGCAGGACUAACAGACCCAUCUGAUACGGUUAUGGUGAUUUUCUUCAAAAAAAGUUUCAGUGGAGUCCCCUGGCAGCUUCUUCAGUGGGUGAUACCACAGCCCUAGGAUGGGCUGUUGUCUGAUGAGAGCCACAGAUUUGCCCCACCUGCCCUGGCUCCUUGUCACCUUCAGUGCCUUGUCAGCCUCACACCACGCCUAGGACCUCCCCUCUGCCCCCAUUCCCAGACCAACAUAUCUGGAUGGGCAGAUCAGUGAGGGAUGGGGGUCUAGCCUCUGGUACUUUUCAAGUCCUGAACCUCCAGACUAAAAACCCAUCCUAGAACCCUGGGAAGCAGCCCGCUUCUCUGCUGUGCCGGGCUUCCAUGACCCCCUUUCACUCCUCCCACAGAACCCAGAGGGAAGCUGUGGCUCAUGCACUAGGUUCUCUCUAAGGCACAGAGGUGGCUGCGACACCGCCUCCCCAAUGUGCGUGAGGAGCAGCUGACCAGCCAGUAAGGAAAAUUUUUGCAGCAUGGACUUGCUUAGGGGGCAGGUGCUGGACUAGAAACUUCUACAACAGGCCUGUCUCACCCUCAGGUUAGACAUCAUGUCACUGAGAACUCGGAGGCCAUAGCAGUCCUGGGUUGCCCCAACCUGUCUGACAGAUGGCAGUCUGAGGUCUUCAUCUGCACCUGGCCUCCUCUGCUGCCUCCCAGGGGCUCCGUCGCCUUCCCACAGCACAAGCUGAGACACUCAGCACUGAGUCAGGGCACUGAUGGAACUUGUGCCCAUACUCCACUCAGGGUGGCAGUCGGCACCACACACUAAGGGCACUGUUGGCAGAAGAGAUGACAAGAAACAAAGCCUCAUCAAAAGAAGCACACACUCCGCAGCCCAAGACACCUACCGGCACUGGAGGCUGAAGCAUGGCACAGAGCAGCUCACUGGCUUUUCCUCAGGGUCCCCUCGGUCCACACGGAAGGAAGACAAUGUCACUCUGACUGGGGUCUCGAAAAGCUCAGAAGCUGGCAAUCAGUAUGUUCCCGGGGGAAGAUGGAGCCGGCUGUGGGCCCAGCAUGGACGCGGAGUUAAGGCAAGAACUUGUAACCUGCCCUCCUGGGAAGAAAGUCUGACACUCUCCACAGUCCUACUUAGCAAAGAGCCUUGGGAAGGACGUCAGUGGGCCUGGUACGACCCACAGGAAGCUGGAGACAUGGUAAGACAGGGAACUGGUGCCAGGCAGAGGCAUCCCAGAUAUCUACCACAGCAGCCAGUGAGGAUACCCACUGCACCACCAUGCCAGGUAGCCACUAAAGCAGCCACUGAGGGCAGUCCAGGUGAGAGGAGGAAGGCCUGAGAGAGGAAAAAAAAAUCCAAAAUCCUGGGGUGGGUGGUGUCCCAAAACUGAGGUGGCAUAGGCACAGUGGGAGCAGCAGAGACCAGAGGUGGCCCCUGCGAAGGAGGAAAGGCUGAGCCAUAGGGCAUGGUUAACUCAAUGAGGUGGAAAGAGGGACCAUGUGUAGAACAGCUGGACUAUGUGAAGAGGAUCAACUUCUGGAGAACAUGAUGGGCAAUCCGAGAGCCUUAGAAGAGGCCAAGUGGGCAGAAUGGGGCUCCAGAAGAGGGUAUUGCAGUCAGUGGAAGGCGAGAGCCUGGAGCCUGAUCUCCCUCUGUAAAGGUUAUUGGCUAUUGGUUUCUGAAGAAUACAAAACAUCCACUCUCACUACCUCCCCAAAACCCCCAAAGGCACCACCAAGCUUGUGUUCAGGGAUUCGUUGAGAGGGGAGUGAAAAUAGAGGAGGACAUUACCCUAGAAGCUGAGGAUGGGCAAACAGUUCCUGUUAGACCCGAGAAAGGCAGGUAUGAGACCUUCAACAAAGAAUGCUGAGCUCUGAGCUACAGUACUGCACAGCAUGCAACAAGGCUGGUGGGCUGCCCUGGCCCAGGGGUAGAGAAGCCAGUGCUGCGGCUGUAGUAGAUAGGCUGGCCUUUCCCCCCACACUGGCAGGAAGAGAGCUAUCGUUGGAGAGUUAGGUUGAGGCUUUCUGGGUUGGGGCCACCAGGCCUGGUGGAAUCUCCUGUGCAUAGGACCCCAUGAGAUGCAGACACCACAGCCGGAGCCCCUCUGCUGCAGAUCUUGUCAGCUCUCAGGCCUUCAGCAGCCAGGCAAGAGAUUGAAAACAUCUUCCCUGGGGGCCUCCUGUCCCCACAUGAAACACAAACUUGGCAGCAGAAGUUUCCCAAAGAGAUCCCAGCCAGGUUUCUCAUUGGGGAAUCAGCCUGCCAAGCCCCUAGGGUACUUGGGCUUCUAGAGACUGUGAGUCCUAUCUGUAAAUAAAGAUAGCCAAGGAAACUUCUUUUUAAAAGGAAAAUAGGUUCUAUGGAUCACACAGGGAAAAUGAAGUUACCACUGUCAUUUUCAAAACAACAAGAACCAUGGAAAAACAAGGACUAGAUGCUAGACACCAAAGAAAGGGCUGGUGAUAUAGCCCAGCCAGUAAAGGCAUCUGGCACUAAGCCUGCCACCAUGGGUUCAAUCCCAAGACCUACAUGGUGAAGGGAAAGAACCUGACUGCCACGCUUGGGCCAGAGUUGGGCUUCGGCAACAGCCAGCAGUGGUUACUAUGUAACUUCCAUAAGGUGUCUAUAGAGUGUUCGAAGUAUCUAAGCUACCAUGAGGGCCAUCCAGGGGCUGCUAAUAGCCUUAAACAACCAAGGUUCCAGAGAAGGAUAUAGUUACAGUCAAAUCUCCCCACACACACACACCAACUCCCAACAUCUUAACUUAUUAAAAAAAAAAAUAGCUGCGCAUGGCAGCUCACACCUGUAAUCCCAGCACUUAGGAGCCUGAGGCAGGAGGACUGCCAUGCAUUGGAGGCCAACCUGGGCUACACAGUAAAUACUAAUCAGGUUCUGUACAAGACUGCACACAUAUAUUAUAUAGCAAGGUUGUCAGAAAGGAAAAAUAAACAUUAAAGAGGUAAUUAGAAUAAAUGCCCAUCAUUAACUUUAAUGGUAUUUAAUAGUGCUCAACCCUUAACCAAAUGCCUGGGAGGAGUUGGCUUAUUUUAUGUCUUAUACACCUAAACAGUAGCAGCAGUGUGCUCAGGAUUGAUGAGCAGGCCAGCACCACCAGGUGUGAGAGGCAUCCGAUCUAGAUGGUACCUGCCUGAGGUAGCCGGUAAGUGAAGAGGCUCAGAGAAGGUCAAGUCAUGGGCAGACUCUGGGAUUAGAUUGGAACUGAGUACACUGAAAACAGCCCAUAUCUGACAAUAAGAAAAGUAUUGGGGUGUGAGCAGGAAGCAACGGCACAGGCCUGGCAACAGCAGUUACAUUCAAAGGUAAACACUGAGUGAGAAUCUACAAACUGCUCUGGGACCAUAUUGCAAGGAUGGGGAGAUGGGACAGGUAAGUAGCCAGUUCACUUGCUUCAGUUGUCGGGGGAUAAAGAUGUCUGCAGAUCCGUUGCUUGUCCACCACCACCACACACCCCAUUCUUGCCAUUCCUCUUGGAUCAGAGCAGGCUCUUCAGCCGCUCAGACACAGCCGAAGUCAUGUCGCACUGUCUCCAGCCGUGCUGAGCGAGAGUGCCACAGCCAAGCUGUGAGCAAGCUUGGAGGCGUCUUAGACAUGCAUCACCAAGCCCCACAAAACCACCUCCAUAAGACCCUUUUCAAAUGGCAGGCUUGUAUCAACUUUAAAAAAAAAAUAAAUAAAUGUGUUAGUUGUUCAUGGAUAGUUCAUGACAUAAUAUUAGUGGAAAAUAUCAGUAAAUACAGCUUAAAA